CAUAGCUAUGUUGGUAGCACUGUGAGUCGGCGUUUUUAUUUGCGAAUUUCUUUUUAACAUUUCUAUUCUCAACCAAAAGUAUAAAGUUAAUUUAAAAGUCUAACAAAAUAUUUUAUACAAUCAUGGAAGUCGAUAAAAAUGAAAGUGUUAAUGGUGUGGAAUUAACUGAAGCAGAAAAUGAGUUGUAUGACAGACAAAUUCGACUUUGGGGCUUAGAAUCGCAAAAAAGGCUUCGUACAGCGAAAAUACUAGUUUCUGGAUUAAGUGGAAUCGGUGCAGAAGUGACAAAAAACAUUAUUCUCUCCGGUGUAAACUCUGUAAAGUUACAAGAUGAAAAAGUUGUUACAGAAGAAGAUUUUUGCGCUCAGUUUUUAGUGCCGCGUGCUGCGAUUGGGCAAAAUCGUGCAGAAGCGUCAAUUGAACGAGCGCGUUCUUUAAAUCCUAUGGUAGAGAUAUCAGCCGAUACAGAACCGCUUUCCACAAAAGAAGCUGAUUAUUUUGCAAAGUUUGACGUCGUAGUUGUGAUCGGUGCAUCCAACUCGGAAUUAAUACGUGUGAAUAACAUCUGUCGGGAAAACAAAGUUAAGUUUUUCGCCGGUGAUGUUUGGGGAAUGUUUGGCUAUUGUUUUGCAGACCUACAGGAACACAGUUUUGUUGAAGACGUGGCGAAGCAUAAAGUCAUUUCAAAGCCUAAGGAAAAAGUAAAGACUGAGUUAGUCACUGCCGCUGUGCAACGAACAUUGAAUUUUCCAUCUUUCGAUGCAGUUGUGGAUUUCGACAUCAAUUCAGCUGCUUAUCAGAAAAAGCUUAAACGUACCGGUCCCGCUUUAAUAUUAUUACGCGUUCUUCAAGAGUUUCGAGAAGCUUUCAAGCGUGAUCCUUACUAUAAAACUCGUGAUGCCGAUGUUUCAGAAUUGCAGCGUAUUCGAAACGAAACAACAAGCGUGAACGCAUUAUCUGACGAAUAUUUUGAGAACGUGUUCGCUCAAGUUUCACCCGCCGCAGCAGUGGUGGGAGGUGUUUUGGCACAAGAGAUUAUCAAAGUCGUUUCUAAAAAGGAAGCACCUCAUUGUAAUGUAUUUCUAUUUGAUCCAGAUACAUGUUGUGGAUUCAUAGAAACGAUUGGUUUAAAUUAACAUCGUAUCAAUAAAAAUAAAACAAAAUAUACUGUAA